AUGACCUCGCAAUCACCACCCCGUCGCCGCCGGCGGCGGCAGCCGUCGACAGCGAAACCGCAGCCGCCCACCGUCACUACCAUUCACUCCCUCGGUGACGACCUCCUCCGCGAGAUCUUCCUCCGCCUCCCCUCACUCCCGAGCCUCGUCCGCGCCGCCCUCACCUGCCGCGGCUUUCUCGCCGCAGUCCGCUCCUCCCCCGCCUUCCGCCGCCGCUUCCGCGCCCUACACCAGCCCCCUCUCCUCGGCUUCUUCUUCGAAUCCAUCGGCGAAGAGAGCCCGGACUCGUUCCGCGUGGUCGCCUCCUGCCACAAGUCGAGGGUGCGCGCUUCUGUCUUCUCAUCGGACACUAGGGAGUGGCAAAUUCUCCCCUGGUCGGAGACCGCCCCAGCACAGCCGUCAGGCAAGAAGCACUGGCUUCUCAGUGGCACGCAGGUGAACGGGAAUCUGUACUGGGCACACGCCGAACAUGCCUACAUUGUGGUCAUGGACACGGCAACGCGGCAAUUCUCCUGUAUCGAUCUGCUGGAGCACUUGAAAGGGCAGGGCUAUCUCUACAAUCUCGGGGGGACCAAGGAUGGGAAGCUCUGCAUCGUGUCCGUAGCUGGAUUUACACUAUACACUUGGUUCCGGAGAGUAGAUGCUAGCGGUGCUGAGGAGUGGAUGCUCCACAAUGUGAUACCGUUGGAAGGAGAGAUUCUUCAGGCUACCGAGAUCCCAGAAGAUGAACUUUGUGAGCACGGGCUCCAAGUGUUCGCAUUUCUUGAUGGCAUUGUGUUUAUGUCGAUAUAUGGAGAAGAUAUUUUGCCUUCUUGGUUCCUUUCCUUCUGCCUGGAAACAAGGAAACUGGAGAAGCUGUUUAAAAGGACAUUUGACCACAUUGUGUAUCCGUACACAUGGGGUGGCCUACCUUUUUGA